ACACUCAAAAGUUUCCCUUCUGGGGCUGGAAGAAGAUUUCUCUCUCCCGGCCCUUGUGGGGCUGCAGCCAUGGUGUGCGUUUCUCUUCUCCUGUUGCUGAUGGUGCUGCUGAUGGGAUCCUCCAUGGUCCCUGGAACUGGAGGAGGGAAGAAGCCCCCACCAGCCCCCCAUUUCCUGUACCAGGUGAAGUGCGAGUGCCACUUCAUCAAUGGGACGCAGCAGGUGCGCCUCCUCGACAGGUACUUCUACGGGCAGCAGGAGAUCACGCGCUUCGACAGCGCCCGCGGGGACUUCGAGGCCGUCACGACGCUGGGGGAGCCCGACGCCAAGUACUGGAACAGCCAGGAGUACUUCUUGCAGUACCAGCGGACUGUGGUGGAUGCCUUCUGCCGCCACAACUACAACAUCUACGGACCUUUUUCCCACCAGCGGCGGGUUCAGCCCUCCGUCUCCAUCUCCCCCACCAAGGAAGACCCCCUGUCCCCCCACACCUUCCUGCUCUGCACUGCAGCCAGUUUCUAUCCCCUGGAGAUUGAGAUCCAGUGGCUGAAGAAUGGGCAGGAGCAGAAGGAAGGGGUCUUUUACAGGGAGGAGCUCCGGAACGGGGACUGGACCUACCAGACCCAGGUGAUGCUGGAGACGAAGCCGGAGCACGGAGACGUCUACACCUGCCAAGUGGAGCACGCCAGCCUGGAGGCCCCCAUCACCGUCCAGUGGGAGCCACGGAAGUCGGACUCUGCCAGGAGCAAAGUGUGGACGGGGGCCGUGGGGGCCAUGCUGGGCGUGGUCUUUGUGGCCGUGGGACUCUCCCUCUACCUGAAGGAGAAGAAAGCAGCACCCAUCCAACCACCUGCAGCCCUCAUCGGCUAGACCUUCCACCUCUGAGUCCCUGCAUGGAAAGAAACUCUUUGCAUAGCUACUGCAGCUCUUUGCUUUA